CAACAAAUACAAAGUUGUUUACUUCAUUCCUUUAACUUACUACUCUGAAACUAUCUUUGUUAAAUAUUAGAAUCUGGUUGCUUGAGACUUGAGUCUUGAGAUAUCUUGAAAAGAGUUAUUUCUUGGUGGCAAAAACAAGAACAAAAAGGGAGGGAGAUAUGAAGCUAAUAGUAGAAGUAAUAGAUGCUUAUGAUCUUAUGCCAAAAGAUGGUGAAGGAUCAGUAAGUGCAUUUGUAGAAGUUGAUUUUGAAAACCAACUUAGCAAAACUAGAACUGUCCCAAAAAAUCUCAACCCCACCUGGAACCAUAAACUAAUUUUCCAUCUUGACGAUAUCAAAAAUCAUCGAUACAAAUACAUUGAUGUUUCUGUGUAUCAUGAGAGAAGGCCUAUACCAGGGAGAAACUUUCUUGGAAGGGUGAGAAUUCCUUGCUCAAAUAUUGUCAAGAAAGGGGAAGAAGUUUAUCAAAGAUUCCAACUUGAAAAGAAAUGGUUUUCCUCAUUUGUUAAAGGAGAGAUUGGCCUAAAAAUAUAUAUUUCAUCACCAUCUGAUCCAAAUUUAUAUCCUAAAAAAACUUCUAUCCAGCCAACCCCAAAAUCUUCUAGUCCUUCAAAUAUCCCGUCCAUCGAAAAUCCAGAACAUUUAGAUAAUCCACCACCUUCACUUCCUGCCUCUGAAGUUUCUAGUCUUGAUACUCCUAAAGCUAGUAACAGUUCAGAAGUACAAAAGACUGAAAACACUGCAAUUUCUGCUGCUGAUCAGUCUUCAAGCUUUGCUGUAAUAGAAAAAACUGGUCAUCUUACUCCAAGUGAGCAGGCCACAGAAUCAGUUGAGCACAUUGAAGAAACAUCUCAAUUUCUAUUCAAGCAUCAAGCUAUGCAGCAACCAGUCAUAUCAAUAAGGAAGAGACCAGGUUUCCAACCGACAAUGCAGCAUCAAGUAGACCACCCCCGAGCUAUUCCUAGCCACCCAGGUGUCCAACUGCCAAUGCAGCAUCAAGUAGACCACCCCCGAGCUAUUCAUGGCCAGCCAGGUGUCCAACCGCCAAUGCAGUAUCAAGUAGACCAACCCCGAACUAUGCAGAACCACCCUAAAGAUGACUAUGAGCUGAAGGACACGAAUCCUCAGCUUGGUGAGCAAUGGCCACGUGGUGGAGGUUAUGGAGGAAGAGGAUGGAUGAACAGUGAUAGACAUGCAAGCACAUAUGACCUUGUGGAGCAGAUGUUUUAUCUUUAUGUUCGAGUGGUUAAGUCCAAAGAUCUUCAACCAAGUGUCCUCACCGGUAGCUGUGACCCAUAUGUGGAGGUGAAGAUGGGGAAUUACAAAGGAAGGACAAAGCAUUUUGAUAAGAAAAUGAAUCCAGAGUGGAACCAGGUAUUUGCUUUCUCUAAAGAUCGAAUUCAGUCUUCAGUUCUUGAAGUUUAUGUGAAGGAUAAAGAUAUGAUGGGAAGAGAUGAUAAUUUUGGAAGGGUGGUUUUUGACUUGAAUGAGGUCCCAACAAGAGUUCCUCCUGAUAGUCCCCUGGCUCCUCAAUGGUAUAGACUGGAGGAUCGACGAGGAGAAAGGAAAGUAACAGGGGAGAUCAUGCUUGCUGUUUGGAUGGGAACACAAGCAGAUGAAGCAUUUUCAGAUGCCUGGCAUGCAGAUGCUGCCUUUGUUCAUGGAGAGGGGGUAAUGAGCGUCAGGUCCAAAGUUUAUGUCUCUCCAAAACUUUGGUACCUGAGAGUAAAUGUUAUUGAAGCUCAAGACAUCAUCCCGAAUGACCAGAGCCGUCUCCCUGAAGUUUUUGUGAAAGCCCAGGUGGGAAAUCAGGUGCUCAAAACCGAUAUAUGCCCUGCUCGAACAGCAAAUCCAAUGUGGAAUGAGGAUUUGGUUUUUGUAGCUGCUGAGCCUUUUGAGGAGCAGCUAGUCCUCAGCAUUGAGGACCGUGUUCACCCGAUGAAAGAUGAGAUUCUUGGAAAGAUAAGUUUCCCACUCAACACAUUCGAGAAGAGGCUUGACCACAGGCCGGUCCAUUCUCGUUGGUUCAACCUUGAGAAGUUUGGUUUUGGUUCCUUGGAAGUUGACAGGAGGAAAGAGCUCAAGUUUUCAAGCAGAGUUCACCUCAGAGUAUGCCUUGAAGGGGGAUAUCACGUGCUGGAUGAAUCAACCAUGUACAUAAGUGAUCAAAGGCCAACAGCACGACAGCUGUGGAAACCACCGGUGGGAAUAUUGGAAGUUGGCAUAUUAGGUGCAGAAGGGCUUCUUCCAAUGAAGAUGAAGGACAGCAGAGGAAGCACAGAUGCCUAUUGUGUGGCUAAAUAUGGUCAGAAAUGGGUAAGGACAAGAACCAUUCUUGACACUUUCAGCCCCAAAUGGAAUGAGCAAUACACUUGGGAAGUUUAUGAUCCUUCCACAGUUAUCACAUUGGGUGUCUUUGAUAACUGUCAUUUGGGAGUUGAGAAGCAAGGGACUGGAGCAGCACGAGACUCACGAAUAGGGAAGGUACGUAUAAGAUUAUCAACGUUAGAAUCUCAUCGAAUUUACACUCAUUCUUAUCCCCUUCUUGUUCUGCACCCAUCAGGGGUUAAGAAAAUGGGGGAACUCCAAUUGGCAGUAAGAUUCACAAGCCUCUCUUUAGCCAACAUGAUACAUACUUAUGGCCACCCUUUGCUUCCCAAAAUGCACUACCUUCAUCCCUUUACUGUCAACCAAGUAGACAACUUGAGGUACCAAGCUAUGAGCAUUGUUGCUGUUAGACUUGCUAGAGCUGAACCACCACUCAGGAAAGAAGUUGUAGAGUACAUGCUAGAUGUGGAUUCCCACAUGUGGAGUAUGAGAAGAAGCAAGGCUAAUUUCUUUAGGAUCAUGUCACUUCUUUCAGGCUUAAUCUCUGUUAAUCGAUGGUUUGGUGAUAUAUGUCACUGGAAAAAUCCAGUCACCUCAGUCUUGGUUCACAUCCUCUUCCUGAUACUGAUCUGGUAUCCGGAGUUGAUUCUUCCAACUCUGUUUCUCUAUAUGUUCCUCAUUGGACUGUGGAACUAUCGGUUCCGGCCAAGGCACCCUCCUCACAUGGACACUAAGCUUUCAUGGGCAGAAACAGCUCACCCUGAUGAGCUUGAUGAAGAAUUCGACACGUUUCCAACGUCUAGACCCCACGACAUUGUUCGAAUGAGGUACGAUAGGCUGAGAAGUGUGGCUGGGAGGAUUCAGACCGUGGUCGGUGACAUAGCAACACAAGGAGAGAGGCUGCAGGGGGUGCUAAGCUGGAGAGAUCCAAGAGCAACAAGCUUGUUUAUCAUGUUCAGUCUUUUUGCUGCAGUUACGCUUUAUGUGACUCCCUUCAGAGUGGUGGCUUUAGUUGCUGGGUUAUAUAUGUUGAGGCAUCCCAGGUUCAGAAGCAAGAUGCCUUCUGUUCCCAGCAACUUCUUCAAGAGAUUACCAGCCAGAACUGAUAGCAUGCUGUGAUGCAAGAGGCUCAACGUCCAGCUCUACUUUUAUUUUUCCAGUCUGUAUUUCAAUAUAAUCAUCUUCAUGGUUAAUCCUUCUUAUAAGUUGCAGUUUUAUGUAAAAUUCCAAGACAAUAUAUGAAUU